GGAAAUAGGGGGGGAAAAAAACAGCGCGCGGAACCGGGCCAGGGUUGCCCACCCCCGCCACAAUGGCCUCUGGGGUGGAAGUCCUGCGCUUCCAGCUGCCUGGCCACGAGGCUGCUACGCUGCGGAACAUGAACCAGCUCCGCGCCGAGGAGCGGUUCUGCGACGUGACCAUCGUGGCCGACAGCCUCAAGUUCCGCGGCCACAAGGUCAUCCUGGCUGCCUGCUCACCCUUCCUGCGGGACCAGUUCCUGCUGAACCCCAGUUCUGAGCUGCAGGUCUCCCUGAUGCACAGUGCCCGCAUCGUGGCCGACCUGCUCCUCUCCUGCUACACUGGCGCCCUGGAAUUCGCUGUCAGAGACAUCGUCAACUACCUUACGGCUGCCUCCUACCUGCAGAUGGAGCACGUGGUGGAGAAAUGCCGGAAUGCGCUCAGCCAGUUCAUCGAGCCCAAAAUAGGCCUCAAAGAGGACGGGGUGGGUGAUGCCAGCCUUGUGAGCAGUGUCAGUGCCACCAAGUCCCUCCUCCCCCCUGCCAGGACCCCAAAGCCAGCUCCCAAGCCCCCACCCCCACCUCCUCUGCCCCCUCCGCUCCUGAGGCCCGUCAAGCUGGAGUUCCCGCUGGAUGAGGACCUGGAGCUGAAGGCCGAGGAAGAGGAUGAGGACGAGGACGAGGACGUGUCCGACAUCUGCAUUGUCAAGGUGGAGUCGGCCCUGGAGGUGGCCCACCGGCUCAAACCUCCUGGAGGCCUUGGAGGGGGUCUGAGCAUCGGAGGCUCUGUGGGCAGCCACCUUGGGGAGCUGGCCCAGAGCAGCGUGCCCCCUAGCACUGUCGCCCCACCACAGGGUGUAGUGAAAGCCUGCUACAGCCUGUCCGAGGACGCAGAAGGGGAGGGUCUGCUGCUGAUCCCCGGAGGCCGUGCCAGCGUGGGGGCCACCUCGGGCCUGGUGGAGGCGGCAGCGGUGGCCAUGGCUGCCCGGGGGGCGGGGGGCAGCCUGGGAGCUGGGGGGACCCGGGGACCCCUCCCCGGGGGCUUCUCCAGUGGCAACCCCCUAAAGAACAUCAAGUGCACCAAGUGCCCGGAGGUGUUCCAGGGCGUGGAGAAGCUGGUCUUCCACAUGCGGGCACAGCACUUCAUCUUCAUGUGCCCGCGCUGUGGCAAGCAGUUCAACCACAGCAGCAACCUCAACCGCCACAUGAACGUGCACCGCGGCGUCAAGUCGCACUCCUGUGGCAUCUGUGGCAAGUGCUUCACGCAGAAGUCCACGCUGCACGAUCACCUCAACCUGCACUCAGGAGCACGGCCCUAUCGCUGCUCUUACUGCGACGUCCGCUUCGCCCACAAGCCCGCCAUUAGGCGGCACCUCAAGGAGCAGCACGGCAAGACCACGGCGGAGAACGUGCUAGAAGCCAGCGUGGCUGAGAUCAACGUCCUCAUCCGCUAGCAGGGCAGAGCUGGGGCCCUGGGUGGGGUGCAAGGGGGGAACUCCCUGGCCCAGGAGAAUAGGGGAAUGGGGGAACGGAACAGGUGGGUACGGUGGAGAAACUAAGCAGUCACCUGGAAGGAGGGGCCGAAGAUUCCUUGAAGAGACCCUGCCUCUUGAAGAAAAGGACAGAGAGAGAGGGUGCUUUGAGAAGGCUAAGGAGAUGGGGGGUGGGGGUUCCCCAGAGGAGGAGUUUUCUCUUUAGAAGUGCAUGGAUAUGUGAAGGGAGGGAAAGGGUCCUGUAGAAUGAGGGG